GAUGAUGUGACUUGAUGUUUUGCGAGUGUGAUAUUUUUUUGAAGUGCAAAAGGAACGUUCCUCCUCUCAUUUUGAUUGAUGAUCGGUGAUCGGCUGACGACAGAGACGGAGAAAGAGAGGAUUGUGUAUUUCAAGAGAAAGUGAUCGUUUUAAUUUGCUCGUGAAUUGGUGAAUACAACACUAAAAGUGAGUUAAGUAAUAGUUUCCAACGGUGGAUAACUUGCAAAAUUAGAAGGGCACCUAGAAGGAGCCGCUCAAGAUGGCGAAAAAACGAAUGGAUCUGCUUAAUUUAAGCGUUCUUCUAGUCACACUGGUCGCGAUCGGUUCCCAUCACAGCACAGAUGGCGCCGAUUUGAAGGAACGAGCACGCGCUGCCCUACUGCUGGAGAAGUCAAGCACCGGCGGCGGCAGCGGACAACCUACCCAGCAGUGCCGAGUGGCCCAACCGUUGCCCUGUCCGCCGAGCAAGUUCCGCUCCGCCUCGGGCGAGUGCAACAAUUUCAACCACCGGCACUGGGGCGCCCGAGGCGAUCCGUUCCUGCGGCUGCUGAAGCCGGAUUAUGCCGAUGCUCAAGUGAAACCUCGAACAUCGGUAGGCUCGCACGCUCUGCCAACACCGGAUACCAUCAUCGAACAGCUGCAACGUUCGAUUCCGGUGCACGCGAACCAUCCGCACGUAACGGCCAUGCUGCCCGCUUGGGGACAGCUUCUGGCCUACGAUCUGGUGCAGAUUCUUUCACCCCAUUCUAGCUUCCACUGCUGUCGGAACGAUUCGUCCGCGGCGACCGAUGAGAUUAUCCAGUGCUACGUUCGCUCCGGCUUAGAGUGCAAAGAGUACAAACGGUCUGUUCCGUCGCAUGAUCCCGGCUCUUGUCGGUUCGAUUAUCGUGACCAGAUGAACGCCGCCUCCGGAUUUCUGGAUGGAUCCGGUUUGUAUGGAACGACGGAGAAAGAAAUUCUUGCGCUGCGAACCUUUACAACGGGAAAAGUUGAUAUUAAGGCUUGUUUAAGGUGUAACGAGCCGGGAGCAAUUGGGGCCUUGCAUACCGUUCUGUUGAAGGAACACAAUCGAAUCGCCGAGGAAAUGUCCAGAUUAAAUGGUGACUGGAGCGACACCACGCUGUUUUACGAAGCUCGUCGAGCAGUAAUCGCCGAAAUACAGCAUAUCACCUAUAAUGAGUUCCUGCCGAUUGUACUGGGAAGUGAGAUUGCCAACAGCCCUGAUUUGAGACUUGUUGACGGUAAACACUACAGUGGCUAUUCGUCCGCAAACCGAGCCGGUGUCUUCAACGAAAUUGCAGUGGGCGCUAUUCCGGCUUUCCUAACUAUGUUGCCUCCGGAUAUGUACAACGAAUCAGCUUCUGCCGAAAUUCUUAUCUCUAGCCCCUCGAUGCAACAAACCUUCAUACCGGAUCAUGCCACCUUUAACGACGAGUGGACGCCAAUUGCGCUAGCCAUUCAGCGAGGUCGAGAUCAUGGAAUUCCGUCGUAUCACAAAGCCCUGAACCUGUGCGAGAAACGCUUCGGCAUUCCGUAUGGUUCUAAGCUGACGUUCGAUGAUAUGGAGUACUUCGGGCUGUCACCAGUCAAGAGGAAAUCCCUGGAAAAUAUCUACCUGGACGCAGAAGAUAUUGAUCUGCUGAUUGGAGGCCUUUCGGAAACCGCCACUCUGGGUACAGUUUUCGGUCCUACAAUCACAUGUUUGCUAGCAAUUCAGUUCGCUAAUAUUCGUAGCAGCGAUCGAUUCUGGUACGAGAAUGACCUUCCACCAUCCUCCCUAAAUUUGCCACAGCUGCAAGCCAUUCGCCGAGUUACGCUCUCCGGAUUGCUGUGCGAAGCCAAAGGAGUAUCCAAAGCACAACCGAAAGCUUUCAUCCGGGAAGAUCCGUACCUGAACGCACGUCUAAACUGUGAUCAACUCUCCGGAUUGGACAUCACCGCUUGGCGCACCGAAACCAUUGAAGAUGUCGAGGAGAUCAUAACCGAGCGAACGCCUACACAUCCCGAGCUAGCUGAACUGGACGCCGACGUCAUAAAAGAUGCCAUCAACAAAGCAAAGGACCGUCUAAAUGAACGAAAGAAGUUUGAGUACGAGGCCUGGAGAAAUUUGGGUGGAGUUGAUGCGAAAUCUCCUGCUGGAACUGCUGCUUCCUUCAGUAAGGCAAAUAAGAAUGCACUUAUCAUUGCCAACACUUCACUGCUCUAUGAGCUAGCUUCCAAUGAGAUUCUAGGAACGUUGCAUUCGAUUCGUCGCCGUAAACGGCAAGUCUUCGACAACAAUCUAGGUGCCUUCGGAGGAGGCGAUGACUUCAACAGUGCUUUGCAGAACAUCGACGUAAACCAGUUCAUCACCGGUUCGAUCUCCCCAAUCAAUCUUGAACCACAAUGCGAAAACCUGGAAGCUCCAUGUGACACAACGACACCAUUCCGUACGCUCACCGGUCACUGUAACAAUCUUCGAAGCCCCGAACUGGGACAAUCGCUAACGGUAUUCGCCCGUUUGCUGCCACCCGUCUACGAUGACGGAAUCUCACAGCCGCGCAGUAUUUCAGUUUCCGGAAAUCCUCUACCGAAUCCUCGAUCAAUCUCUGCCCUUAUCCAUCCGGACAUAUCAAAUCUGCAUACCCGAUAUUCGUUGGUAGUCAUGCAGUAUGCUCAGUUCCUGGAUCACGAUCUCACGAUGACACCGAUCCACAAAGGUUUCCACGAGUCUAUCCCCAGUUGUCGCUCGUGCGAUUCCCCUCGGACAGUCCAUCCUGAGUGUAAUCCAUUCCCAGUCCCGCCCAGGGAUCACUACUAUCCCGAACUGAACGUAACCAGCGGCGAACGGUUGUGCUUCCCAUUCAUGCGAUCGCUACCAGGCCAACAAACGCUGGGACCCCGUGAACAGAUCAAUCAAAACACCGCUUUCUUGGAUGCCUCCCAGAUUUAUGGCGAAAACGGUUGCGUUGGCAAAGGUUUACGAGGAUUUUCUGGUCGACUCAACUCCACCAUUCAUCCGAUUCGUGGAAAGGAAAUGCUCCCACAGACUCCCAUUCAUCCUGAGUGCAAAUCAGCCAGUGGUUAUUGUUUCGCUGCCGGUGAUGGACGAGCGUCCGAGCAGCCAGGACUUACCGUUAUGCACACAAUUUUCCUCCGGGAGCACAAUCGAAUCGUCGAAGGACUUCGCGGUGUCAACCCACACUGGAACGGUGAUCAACUGUACGAACACGCGCGCCGUAUCGUAAUAGCACAAAAUCAACACAUUAGCUUCAAUGAAUUCCUGCCCAGAAUCCUCAGCUGGAAUGCUGUCAACUUGUACGGUCUUAAACUAUUGCCGCAAGGAUACUACAAAGACUACAAUCCAACGUGCAACCCAGCAAUUGUCACCGAAUUUGCUUCUGCGGCGUUCCGUAUUGGACACUCACUGCUGAGACCACACAUUCCUCGGCUUAGUCCGCAACAUCAGCCGAUCGAUCCUCCGAUCCUGUUGCGUGACGGUUUUUUCAAGAUGGAUAUAUUUGUUCAACAACCAGGACUGAUCGAUGAAAUCGCUCGUGGUCUCGUAGCUACCCCGAUGGAAACCCUCGAUCAAUUCAUAACCGGAGAAGUUACCAACCACCUUUUCGAGGAUCGCCGUAUUCCGUUCUCCGGCAUCGACCUGGUGGCAUUGAAUAUCCAACGUGCUCGCGAUCACGGAAUUCCUUCGUACAAUAACUACCGAGCACUUUGCAAUCUAAAGCGGGCACAAAACUGGGAUGAUCUGAGCCGGGAAAUGCCACCGGAGGUGAUUUCUCGUCUGAAGCGUAUGUACAAUAGUGUGGAGGAUAUCGAUCUAUUCCCUGGUGGUAUGUCGGAACGACCACUGCAGGGUGGUUUGGUUGGACCAACUUUCGCCUGUAUCAUCGCCAUCCAGUUCAGACAACUGCGCAAAUGCGAUCGAUUCUGGUACGAGAACGACGAUCCAGUGGUUAAGUUUACCGAAGCACAGCUGGCCGAAAUCCGAAAAACUACUCUUUCUCGAAUCAUCUGUGAAAAUCUGGAUAUUCAAGGUGACAUGCAACGUGCUGCUUUCGAUCUGCCUAGUAAUUUCCUCAACCCACGUGUACCGUGCAGUUCGAUGCAGCAAAUAGAUCUCAGUGCCUGGCGAGAAAACGUAGUCCAGGGAUGCAACAUCGGUGGAAAGCACGUCAACGUCGGUGAUUCGGCUUUCCCCUCGCCAUGCACGAGCUGUAUCUGCACUAAUGAAGGGCCUCAAUGCGCCUCGCUGCGUAUCACCGACUGUGCUCAGCUGGCCCGCGAAUGGCCACGUGACGUGAUUCUGAGGGAUGACGUGUGCAGCGCCCAGUGCGGUCUGGUGCUACAGAACGGCGGAAACGCUCAGGGACGCCAAAUCCCGAUCAACCUUCGUCCUCCACCGCAGCGAGUAGCACGGUCUCGCGCUGUCCAACAGCAGGCAGCGAUACCGGUUAGCUUCCAGGGCUUCCAGUUUCCCGAUCUAACGCAGUUCAUCGGUUAGACGUCAUCCAGUAACCCUAUUGUAACCUAUCAACUAUUAUUAUGUACAUAUUGAGCGGCCAUAUUUACCACUUCUUCGUCCCGAUUCUGAAGAACAAAAUUUUCGAGUAAGAAGGUUUUUCCUGAUUCUACAACUGCCUUUAGGAAGAUUCUUUUAAUUAAUUUUAUCUACUACUAGACGUUACAAUCGUUGCAGUGAUCUAUAUUUAUUGUAAAUAUUAGGAUGUAAUUCAAGCAAGAAAAAGCCACUCGCUUUCUUAGUUUUUUAAUGUGAUCUGUUCCAACUUUUGGCAGUAGAAGUUGCAUACUAUUCUUAAUAAACCAUAAUGAAUCAUUUGAAUCCCUGCAAGUAUAGCGACUGCAGUCAAAUACAAAAACUUAGAAUGGUUCUGUGUAUUUGCGGAGGACAAAUAUUCAAGCAUUAAAACUAAUUGCACCAUGAAACGUUGAAAGAUAGAUAGUACUACAAGUUUAGCUUCUUGUUGAG